AUGGCCCAAAAUGUUAGCACGCACGCUUUUGAGGUUGUGUCUAGUCGUGUCCCUUCACGUGGUCAGAACGUGAUAGACCGAGAACUUGCUCUCCAACGCCGUAUCAAGUGUCAACUAAAACACCAUGGUCUCGAGAGGUCCUUGCUUCCGCCAGAUUGUCGAUCGAGCAACUUCUCGCGUUCGGAGCACAAUCCGGAGAUCUCAGGGGACUCGCCGUGCCCUUACCUUUAUGGAAAGACUCUUCUACUGCUUGGCGAUCGAUCGCAGCAUGCGCUUCACGAUUUGUUGUUAGAUCACUACCCCAUCCCUGGCGAUCCAGAGAACACUAACUGCCCUGGUGCAGACUUCUGCAAUUGGCACGCAAUAUGUCCGCGCGUCUCUUCCCUCAGUAAUGGUCCCUUUGGGUCUGCGGAGCGACUUGCCGCAAAACUCGAUUCUAACAGGAAAAAACAGUUGCCCCCUGAUAGGCAGAAUGUCUCCAUUCUUCGCUAUGUUCGUACAUAUCUCCUUUUCCCAACGGGAAGUCGUAAACACAAGCGUCACAACGAGCCACACGUUUCUCGUAUCACAGGUGUCCGCGAAUCAGAGAGCUAUUGGGUAUCUUCCGUUCGAGGUGCAGAUGUGAUUCUUUUAUCCAAAGCCCCAGUCCUUGCACCUUCAUGGAGCUAUGGAAAGGAACGGGGGAAACAAGCAUCCACUGAUCCAAGACCUUUCCGUCUCCGUCCUCCUCAAACUGGAGAUUGGGAGCUAGAGAAUGUUCAUUACUUUAAAGACAUCGUGCCCUUAGUGUCCUUCGACUCUGUUGUUAACAGUGCACUUGACGUUUCUGCUGGAGAAAUUCUCUACUCUGCUGUUCGCGCCACUGUGGAUGUCUGGGUUCCGACGCUGGUCUCUACACUCAUUUCUAUCCUGUCUGAUUCUGGCAUGCGUUCAAAGAGGUUCAUAUGGAGGGGCGAAUGGAGUGCGUUAAGGAAAUGCGGGACGGAACAUCUAUCUGUUCGAUUUCCAUCCGCGUUGGAUACUUUGCUUGGCUUCCAGAUGCAUCCUUAUUACUUGAACCAGCCGGUCAAGGAUCCUUGGUUCUCUUUCCACAACUCUCAAGUGGUAUUCCAGUCCCUUAUACUCAGCUACCUCCUUCCCCGGCUCGGGAUAUCCUACCUCCCCUUCUAUGACCUCAAGCUCUCUCCAGCGCCUGAAUGUCCAUCCGCUGACGAAGCUUACCUCAAAUCAAAUACGCAUCUAUUUCAAGUGCAACUUCCGGAAGAAAUCGGGAAAACAUUUAUCGAUACAUUAGAAAUCGCACUUGAGUAUUAG